AUGGGUAAGAGAUCGCGCAACGGACGAGGUGGUGGACGUGGUAGGAAUAACAAGAAGUCACGAGCAGAUGGUAAGGGAGAAGAAUGGCGUGCUGAUAAGUUUGCUGACUGGGUGUACGAGAACGAAAACUUUGACGCUUACUACAAGGCACAGAAGAUUGUGGCGGAUACAGACUGGGUCGCGUUUAAGAAGGCGCUGGCCACGCCACUACCAACGACCUUUCGCAUCAACAGCUCAUGUCCGUUUGCUGACCGCAUUCGUGAGCACAUUGAGCUGGAUUUCAAGUUUGAUGGCUUAGUAGUAGAUGAAGAACCUGUCGAGCCCAUCAGUCUCAUGCCUUGGUACCCUGAAAAUCGCGGGUUUACGUGGUCCGUUGAACGUCGUCGUGUGCGCAAAUUGCCGAUCUUGAAAGAGUUUCAGUCUUGGCUCGUGGAGCUCUCGGACAGCGGUAGUAUCACUCGUCAGGAAGCUGUGAGCAUGAUCCCUCCUCUUGUACUGGGCGUGGAGCCACACCAUAAGGUACUAGACAUGUGCGCUGCUCCUGGUUCAAAAACGUCACAGUUGCUGGAGUCCUUGCACUCGCAGGAACUUGCGACAGGCAAAACUCCCACUGGUGUUGUGGUGGCCAACGACGUGGACCUCAAGCGUGCGUACAUGCUGGUGCAUCAGUCUAAACGCAUUAACUCGCCUGCGCUACUUGUCACUUGCCAUGAAGCUCAAAACAUUCCGUUUCUUGGUAGGGACGGAACAGAAAGUGAAGGCGUUUUCGACCGUAUUUUGUGCGAUGCACCGUGCAGUGGUGAUGGUACUAUACGCAAGAAUCCGCUUAUUUGGAAAACUUGGAGUCCCAAGAAUGGCAUUGCUCUCCACCCGCUACAGCUUCAAAUUGCUAAGCGUGGUGCGUCGUUGCUGAAAAUUGGAGGCCACAUGUGCUACUCGACUUGUACGUUCAAUCCGCUUGAAAACGAAGCUGUGGUGGCCGAGCUUCUACGAUGGAGCAAAGGCUCACUUGAACUUGUGGAUGUGGCGAGUACUUUACCGCUGCUAAAGUGCCGUCCAGGCGUUAGUACGUGGAAGGUCCUAGACUCACAAUUGAAGGAGCACACGUCCUACGAAACGUAUGUUGAAGAAAACAAGAAGGACAAGAUUAAAGACAAAAUUCGUGCUACGAUGUUCCCGCCUACGAUGAAGGAGACAGCGGAUUUUCACUUAGAGCGCUGCAUGCGCUGCCUGCCUCAGGAUGGAAACACUGGCGGCUUUUUUAUCUGUUUGUUAAGAAAGGUAGCAUGCACUCCUGACGAUGAGAAGGACCCCGAGUUGGAAGAGGCUAGAGAUAUUACCAACACAUCGGAAAUGAAGGUGGAAGAAGUCCAGGUGACUGCAAAGACUGAAGAAACCAGGUUGGACGACGAAGCAGCUCGCUUGAGCGAUACUGCAGCUGACAACAUCAAGGUCGAUGCAGGCGCGCAAAAGUCAGCGUCUGAUACGGCACAGUCGCGAAGAAGCCGCCGUGACGAUCGCCGAAACAAGAAGGGGGAGGUGUACGUGGCAUUUGGUGCUGACAAUUGGGCCAAGGUGCGCGAAUACUAUGGCGUGUCCCCUGACUUCUCGGCAGCACAGCUGAUUACACGCUCGGAAGAUGCAAAGUCUGUUACGUUUGUGACUGAAAGCAUCACGAUGGAUUUGCUGGAGGAGAUGAAGCGCAAGAAGCUGAAGGUUGUAUUUGCGGGGCUCAAGAUGUUCGAGCGCAAUGAAACUACUGAAGGUGGCAAGGUAUACCGCGUGUGUCAAGCAGGUUUGCCACACAUCCAGCCAUUUAUGAAUAAACGGAAGACCAAUGUUUCUACGAGAGAUUUCCAAAUGAUGCUGGAUCGGCUAGGAGAUUUGUUGGACUUUGAUGAAUUUGAGCCAUCCACCCAACAAUAUUUCGAAAAUGCUCCGGUGGGUAGUGUUGUGUGUAUGCUUGACCGCCCAGGUCAGUCCAACAUUGAGUCAAAAGUGAUGAAUCUGGUCGUAUGGCGAGGUCGGAACUCGGUGAAUGUAAUGGCUGCCAAGGCAGAUGUGGCCGUACUGCUGGGAACGAUGAAAGAAAUGAAGAUCUACGACCUGUCUGUGCAGAAAGCUGUGUUGGAAGCAAAGAAAGUCAAGGAGGAAGAGCGUGCUGCACGUGACGAGAAAGAACAAGAGGAAGAAGUUGUAAAGACAGAGAAGACGAAUGCUGCAUCAGCUGUUGAAAAAGCAUAG